AUGGCUUUCUGGAAGUUCCUUGCAGCUUCGCUGUUGGCGGCUUCGUCUCAAGCUGCGGCUUCACCAGCUUGUCGCUGCUUUCCUGGUGACGCGUGCUGGCCCUCUCAGGCAGCAUGGAACCAGUUCAAUCAGUCUAUUGAUGGGCGGUUGAUUAAGACUGUCCCCUUGGGAGCUCCUUGCCAUGCGCCUAAUUAUAACGCCGAUACUUGUGCGACAUUGAAGGCAGGAUGGUUGCUUCCGGAGGAACAUUAUGAUUCCUCGUCAUCAGUCAUGGCACCCUUCUUUGCCAAUGGUACCUGUGACCCGUACCAUGACGUUUCUAAGCCCUGCACCUUGGGCAACUACGUUCGGUACAGCGUCAAUGUGAGCUGCCCAGAACAAAUCUCGACCGCAAUCAAGUUUGCGACCAAGUACAACAUCCGUCUGGUUGUUAGAAACACCGGUCAUGACUACAAUGGCCGGUCUACUGGCGCUGGUGCUUUGGCUAUCUGGACCCACAAUCUCAAGGACCUUGAGAUUCACGAUUACAAGGACAAGCACUAUACAGGCAAGGCCAUCACUAUGGGUGCUGGUGUCCAGGGCUUUGAAGCAUAUGAGCUGGCAGAUGCCAGUGGCUACCAGGUUGUUGGUGGCGAGUGCCCGACCGUCGGUCUUGCUGGCGGAUACUCUCAGGGUGGUGGCCACUCUGCGCUCGCUUCGCGCUAUGGUCUUGGAGCUGACCAGGUGCUCCAGUGGGACGUUGUCGAUGGUAAGGGAAACAUCAUCACUGCCACUCGUGACAACAAGUACUCGGACCUCUUCUGGGCUCUCAGCGGUGGUGGUGGUGGCACCUAUGGUGUCGUCUACUCUAUGACAUCCAAGGCUCACCCUGCAACCCCGGUGUCUGGUCUUAAUCUAACCUACACCACCACCAAUAUCUCUCUGGACACCUUCUACGAGACUAUCGAGGUCUUCCACACCAACCUGCCCUCCAUCGUUGAUGCCGGGGCUAUGGCGAUUUGGUACUACACCAACACCUUCUUCAUGAUCUCCCCAAUCACGGCUCCCAAUAUUCCAGUUGAUAAACUGGUUGCUCUUGUCAAGCCUUUCACCGACCAUCUUGACAAGCUCAACAUUAACUACACCAUGUCUGCUUCCCAAUACGAGACCUACUAUGACCAAUUCCAGUCUAUGCAAGGCACCAUCGAGGUCGGCACGGCGCAGUAUGGAGGUUGGCUCGUUCCCAGAUCCGUCGUCCAGAACAACAACACCGCUUUGGUCCAGGCUUACCGUGAGAUCACCGAGGCUGGCGGUACCUUCAUUGGUGUCGGCUUGAACGUUUCCAAGAAGGUCGCUGGAGACGUUUACAACGCGGUUCUGCCUGCCUGGCGUGACGCCCUGAUUGAUACCACCCUGACCACCCCCUGGGCUUGGGAUGAUCCCGCUCUCAUGCUGGAGAGACAGCGCCAGAUGACUGAGGAUUUCAUUCCUAAGUUGGAGGCUUUGUCUCCAAACUCCGGUGCCUACAUGAACGAGGGCGACUUCCGCCAGCCAGACUUCAAGAAGGUCUUCUACGGCGCCAACUACGAUACCCUUCGCAAAAUCAAGGCCAAGUAUGACCCCAACAGCGUCCUAUACGGCAAGACCAACGUCGGAUCUGACGAGUGGCGCGAGCGUGAGGAUGGACGACUUUGCCAGACAUCCCAAUGGCAGUCCGACUGGGUGGAAUUCGGUACUGUGUAUUAA